AUGGCAGAUUCAAGCUCAACAGAAGCUCAGCUCAAGACCGCAGUUAAUCGACUCCCAGCUAUAAGCGGAUGGAUUGCCGAGUCCAAUGCAUUUCGUAUGCUAUCCAGCGCAUGUAUCCAAGGAUUCAAGGAUCAUGGACAGCGGAUCGGCGUGAUUCGAGGGCCAGAUUUUAGCAUGCUCGAUGGAGGACUCAUCUUCGAUCCGCCAGAGGGAUUCCCUAUGGACAUGGACCCUUCUGCUGUAUGGACUUGGGUUAAUGAGCAUAAAAAAAAGCAGACCCUCCAAAUCGUACCAAUUGACAUCAAGCUUAGCAUCAGCGCUCGAAAACUUCACCAAAUUGCACCCUUGUUUAUAGUCGCGCCACCUGGCAAUACCGAAAUCCUGUGCCUGCUACCUAUCAGAAGCUACACGGACUUGCAUGCAAAUCUUAAAUUGGCAUAUCGAGACACGCAGUGUGCUGAUAAAGACAAGUCCAGUAAGACUCAUCGAUUGCGACCGCGUGAGCCUCUGCACAUCAGUAAUCUCUUGGCGCCGUUCGCGGUACAUAAGUGCGACCUCUUUGAAGCACUGCUAAGACUGAGGAACACAUUCAACGGUCAAUCGGCUUAUACCAACCCAUCUAAUGGUGUUACGUUACGAGGUUGGACUCCGCAAGCACCCGAUCCCAACCUCGAAAAGUUGAUGAUGAUACAGGGGGGAAGGCAAAGAAAUUCUGCUGGUGUUAUCCACGAGCUUGUCCAGACUCUUCGCUCUCAAAAAGAGUGUGGUAUAGAGCUUUUGUUUAAUCUCGUACAACCAUUGGCAUGCGACUUGGUACUUCGGGACAACAUGUCGUCCACAGCGUAUCUUAUUGAGCAUAAGGUGACUACACCGACCGAAACAAGAUCCAAUAUUGUAUCACUGAGGCCAGGCCCUGAAUGGAAAAAGGAGCAACAUAAUUGGCAUUUUCUUCUUCAUCAACAUGGCGACUGGGUCGCGAUUCACACAAGAGAAGGACACAAAGCUGGAAGCAACACGCCAGCAAUUCGUGUCAACCUGAAGAGUCCUGGUGCCGCGUCUAGCAUCGCUACCACGAUACGCAACCACGGAGUUUUGGCCAAACAGAGACUUCAAGCAAAGUGGCGAUCCUUGGUGUACGAGGGUAGCCUGUUGUAUGAAGAGAGUCAGUCAACAGAGCCAAAGAAAAGCCAGAGCAAACCCUCAAGAGCAGCUGGGAAUGAAAUGCUCCGUAUAUCAUUUUGCGACGCCAUCAACAACCAGUGUUUCAAGCUAGGAAAACACGCGUGCAUUCUUCUGGAAGGUAAUGCUUGUGGAGAUGCAGUAAUGGUUCGACACAACUGGACAGAGUGUGACCGAUCUAGAUAUAGAUCUAGUAGGAUCCUGCCGGUCUCACUUGUGGAAGGUAUAAAAUCACGAUCCUCGGAGGCGCUCAUACUACGAUUCAUUCCCCAUUUCUGGCCUCCAAGUGUCCCGUCUUCACAAUUAUUCGAGCCCGCACGCAUGAGGAGUAUCAGGGUACCGCUGUGUUUAGGCCAGGAUUUUGUAUAUGUCGCUGCCACAAUGAGCUCUCCAUCUACACAAGAGCCUUUUCUCGACAAGCUCAUCCUCUUGCCUUCGGGAGAUACAGAUUGGUUGGCCAAAUUCGAUAGCUGCAACACCUGUGAUGAAGAGUCAGAAACAAGGGAUUGGAAGCCAACCUUUGAGUCAAUUCCCGAAAGUCAGGGUGGGGGCCAUGCUGGGAGCUCGCUCAUACAACUCCCCUUCUUAAACCGACAUGCACAGCCACUCCAUCAAGUUUACGAUUUUGAAGACGGCUCAGUACAUAGUCGCCUUGAUAUCCUUUUACAAGAGGAAGGCUCACGAUAUGUCACCCCAAUCUAUGGGCCAAAUGGGUUGCUUCAACGACAAUGGAACCAUGGCAGUCCCAGAGUACAUAACGCCGACUCUCCUGCAAUUCAUAAGUAA